CCGAAUCGCGGAUGUUGCACACGUAUUUUUUCGAUAGCAAUUCGAUUGGCGGCGGCCAAUUUUAUUUUCAUUUUCAACCACAACCUUGCCACGGGUUACGCGCUCACGCACCGUCCGCAUAGCCUGGCAGUUAGUAACUUCCAGUUACUAACUCGCGGCCCGCGGCUCACGGCUCACGGCUCACUUACCGCUCCUCUUCGCUGUCAUCGACUGAUUAGCCUGUAGUUUUAUCAACAAUGUCCUCGAGAACUCUGCUUAGAAAUGUCGUGCGGAUCGGGCACAAUCAGCAACAGUUGUUCAUCAACUGCUACAUCAACCGCAUCACAGGACACAACCAGUGCCUCGCCAUGUCCACAACAGGAAGGAAUCCAGUAACCAAAAAAGAGGAAGCAAGAAGAUUUAUGGUAGACUGUUUUAAGGCAGUUGGUACUCCUCAAGACCAUGCAGAAAUUGUAGCUGACAAUCUGGUAGAAGCUGACUACAGGGGACACUACAGCCAUGGAAUGAACAGAUUAGAAAUGUACAUAAACGACAUACAAGCGAAACAAUGUGACCCAUGUGCUAAGCCAACAAUAAUCAAGGAAACCGUGGCGACUGCCCUUUGCGACGGCAACAACGGUUUGGGGGCUGUCAUUGGAAAAAUGUGCAUGGAAAUAGCAAUAAACAAAGCAAAGACCGCGGGAAUUGGAAUGGUGGUGACCAAAGGUUCAAACCACUACGGCAUUGCCGGAAUAUACGCACUGCAGGCGAUAAAAGAGGGCCUCCUUGGCAUGAGCUUUACCAACACUUCACCGUUUAUGGCCCCCACAAGAGCCAAGGAAGCGGCCCUCGGAACGAACCCUCUUAGUCUUGGGGCACCGGCUCAAAACGGCGACAGUUUCGUGCUAGACAUGGCUACAACGGCCGUGGCUGUCGGAAAGAUUGAAUUGGCAAGGAGGAAGGGGGCUCCUCUGCCGCCCGGAUGGGCCGUCAACGAACAAGGAAAAAUCGAAACCGACGCCGAAAUCGCCUACGGUGCCAAAAGGCUGAUGCCCGUUGGUGGAGCGGAGGAGACGUCAGGAUACAAAGGUUACGGACUUGGAUGUCUGGUUGAAAUAUUCUGUGGUAUCUUAUCCGGAUCAAACUUCGGCCCGUACAUACGAGCGUGGGGUAGUGUCGGCGAAAAAGCCAACUUGGGGCAAUGUUUCAUCGCCAUCAACCCCAAGAUGUUCGCUGACGGCUUCGAGGACCGUAUGAGUGGAUUAAUGAAUCAUCUCAGAUGUAUGGAACCAGCUGAUCCAAGCAAACCUGUACUCGUGGCGGGAGAUCCGGAACGAGCUGCCAUGGAGCGGGCUAAGCGGGAAGGUGGAUUGGUGUAUGUGAAAAAUCAACAUGACACAAAUCUGAAGCUUGCACAAAGAUUAUCUGUUAAACCUAUGGAAUCCGCCUAAAUAUUGUUAUUGUUAUAUACUUUUUCAUAAAAUUUAUUUUAUUAAUAAAAUGUUAUUUGUU